AUUCCAGCCCAACCGGUUGUACCAGGCACUAGUCAGGACUUCUUAUCGGACUCACAAGAUACUGGUUCGAUCUUUGGGAAGGUACUUACCCCACAGCCGAGCAACUCAAUCGACGAGACUGAUAUCGAUCCGUUCGAUACAUCCUUUGCGAACGACUUGGGACCAGGCAAGACUGAAAUCAAACUUUUAGAGAACGAACUGUUCAGUAGCGGAAACUAGAAAGAUGGCGAAUCCCUUCUUGAUGGACGAUGAGCCAAUGGGUGGCUCGGAACCGGUAUCGAAUCCGUUCCUUUUCGGUGAUGACGCACAAGACGAUGACGGUGGCGCGACGGGGGUGGAUGACAACCCAUUCUUGGCGCAGGCCAGCAACCCAUUUGCGGAUUUUGGUGGUGAGGCGGAAGAACCGAUUGCUGCCGACACAGCUCCAAACAUGAACGAUCUGUUUGGGACUGCGGGUGUCAACGCGGUGGUCACGACCGGUGCCGAAAUCUUCGGAGUGUCCGAAGCGGUGAUGGCACAGAGUUCCCUCUAUCAACAACCUGCGCAAUCCAAUGGUGCUGCCAAUUUCUUCGACACAACAAUCAACGAAGAAGACGAUCUGGUCAUUCCAAAGCCAACGCAUCUACAUCUUGGUCCUCAUACCAAUAACAAUUUGAUGGACGACUCGUUGAUGAACGCCUACUCUAGCGAAGAGGAACUGAAGCAGACAAAGGCCAACCACAAGGCACCACCUCCAAGGCCGAUACCUCCUUCGCAGGCAACGCAGCAGCUGAUCAGCUCGAUUGCCGACCAGCUCGAUCAAACCAGCACAAAUCUACUCCGACAGAUCCCGGCUACCAGAACGCCCAGUCCGGUGUCCAUGAGAGAUCUACACUCUCCCAGUCCAACACCCGAUUUUGGCGAUCUGUUAUCCGUUGGAGAGCAGUUCAAAACCGAGCAACAAAAUCAACAGGAUGAUCUGUUCGGCACUGGUCCGUUGCCAGCCACCGGUAAUGAUAAUCCAUUUGCUGAACCCGCAGUUCCAAUCGCAGCAAAACCCGAAGUUCCGAAGCCUCCGCGCCCAAGACCACCUCCACCGCGCCCAGCUCCUCCACGAAGCUCACUUGCCUCAUCACCAGUCACGGCUCCUCCUCCCAUUCCGCAACCACCAGCUGUUGCUCCAACCGCUCAACCUCAGCAGGAAGCUGAUUUGUUCGAUUUGUUUGGUCCAGCGCCAACGAAAACGGCACCUCCGAAACCACCAGCACCGAAGACCAAAGAAGAUAUUCUAUCUCUAUUCUCAACUCCGGCUCCAGCUGCCGCACCAGCUCCAGAGCCCAAGCAACCCGAUCUGCUGAGCGGUGAUUUCGAUGACAUCUUCGGUGGUUCCCAAGAGCCCACUUCUGCAGAAGCCUUUGUUCCUAAUCUAGCUGAAAAUCUGGUUCAAGCUCAAAUACCAGCUGCUGUUAAAACACAAGAGGUGGAACCUGAACCCGCUGCACCACCAGUGAUUGAGCAACCUAUGGUGGAACCUUCGCCUGAAAUCGUCCUUGAAGCGCCACCACCAUCCGACGAACUCAUAUCACGGUCCGAAGCUUCCUCAGACUUCAGUCCUACGGGAUCCAACGUCACUUCCGGCAAUAUACCAAGCUCCGUAUCGGGAAGUAUUGUUAACAUCGCUGCGGCAGAGAAGGUUGACGAGCUGCCCGAAAUGGAACCGGAAGCAAUGGCAGAUUAUCCAGCGCCUCCUCCGGUAGCAGAACCAGAAGUACCGAUGGAGUACAACCAUGUGGAAGCCGUACCUGUGAGUACUGUAGCGGCUCAACUGUUCUACGCUGAACCUGAGACAACCAUCGCUCCAGUUGCAGCAGAGACCAUCAAUCCAUUUGCGAUGGACGAUGACUCUGAGCCGUAUGUGCCAAGUGCUGAGCCUAUCGUGACCACUACGGCACCAAUGGAUUACGCAAACGAACUGUUCGGAAACACCACCAACAACAAUCUGGGCAGUUCGGUAACGGUUACUGGUCCGGAUUCGUUGGAUAACUUUGCGCAGCCGCAGCAUCAUCAGGAACCGGACGCGUUCGAUUCGUUUGCCGCCAAAUUUGACCUGAAGACAAGCAAGAGCGGUACGAAUAUCUUCCUAGAUGGGGAUCUGGGUAAUGGAACUACGGAUGACGCCUUUGGGACUGGGGAUGCGUGGGGUGCCGGUGACUUUGGAGGUGGCAGUCAGUUUGACGAUGCCGGCGAUGGUUUCGGCAACGAGGGCGAUGACCCGUUCCUGUCGAUGCAAGCGCCACCGGUUCCGGAGGGAACUCCGUUUGGAAGAUCGCACUCGCGGGACUCGGAUGAAGGAAAUCAGUUUAACGUGGUGAUUAGACCGAAAGAAGGGUUGGAGUCGGUGCUAGCUCCGGCUUUGGCUCCUCCACCGAAAAGUCCACAGACGGCUUCUAUCUAUUCUGGCGACUCGUCACCUCGAGUGAAUCCAUUCGACAGGGGAGAUGACGGAGAGGCUACUUUGGCAGCACUUCCAGAUGUAACUCCACAACUCCAGCGGACUGAUUCUCAGGAGACGCCACCGACUCCACUGUUCGAUGAAGACGUUUCCCAGCCUCUGGAGGACUUCCCACGGGUGAUCUACCACGGCGGUGGCUGGGAGAUGCAGUUACGUCAACCGAAUAAGAAGAAGAUCACAGGGCAGCGAUUCUGGAAGAAAAUUUACAUUCGACUUGUCUUCCAAGGGGACAAUCCUGUGCUGCAGCUGUUCAACGCCGAAAAAGAUAAGGAUCCCUUCCAAGAGUUACCACUGCAGGCGUGCUACUCGGUUUCGGAAAUAGGAGCGCAGCAAUAUGACAACUUCGGCAAAAUUUUUACCGUCAAGCUGCAGUACGUGUUCUACAAGGAGCGUCCGGGAGUGAGGCCAGGCCAGGUGACCAAGGCGGAACGUUUGACGAAUAAGCUCAGUCAGUUUGCAGCGUACGCCAUCCAGGGUGACUAUCAAGGAGUCAAAGAACUGGGAAGUGAUCUGAAGAAACUGGGUCUACCGGUUGAACACGCACCGCAGAUAUCGCAACUGUUCAAGCUGGGGUCAAUGAACUACGAAGAUAUGAAGCAGUUCUCGGUUUGUAUUGAGGAGGCACUGUUCAAGAUGAGCGUGCACCGAGAUCGAGCCUUGACCUACAAGAUGGAGGAAGUGCAGGUGACUGCGGUGGAUGAGCUGUACGUAGAACAGGAUGCCGAGGGCCACGUGCACAAGCAGAUUGCUCGGGUUCGACUGUUUUUCUUGGCGUUCCUGUCAGGAAUGCCGGAUAUUGAACUGGGCGUGAACGAUCUGUGGCGCCAAGGUAAGGAAGUCGUAGGUCGUCACGAUAUCAUACCGGUUGUAACGGAAGAGUGGAUCCGUCUGGAAGGGGUAGAAUUUCACACGUGUGUUCAGCAAGAUGAGUACGAGCGAAGUCGAACGAUCAAGUUCAAGCCGCCAGACGCGUGCUACAUCGAGUUGAUGCGCUUCCGAAUCAGACCGCCGAAGAAUCGUGAGCUUCCAUUACAGCUGAAGGCCACGUGGUGCGUUACUGGGAACAAGGUGGAGCUGAGGGCCGACGUUCUGGUGCCCGGUUUCGCAUCCCGAAAGUUAGGACAGAUUCCGUGUGAAGAUGUUUCCAUCCGGUUCCCCAUUCCGGAGUGCUGGAUAUAUCUGUUUAGGGUGGAGAAGCAUUUCCGGUACGGCUCAGUGAAGUCCGCCCAUCGUCGCACGGGCAAGAUCAAAGGUAUUGAGCGGUUCCUGGGUACGGUGGAGACGUUGCAGGAAUCACUUAUCGAGGUGACCUCGGGGCAGGCAAAGUAUGAGCACCAUCACAGGGCGAUCGUGUGGCGAUGCUCGAGACUUCCCAAGGAAGGUCAAGGAGCUUACACAACGCAUCAACUUGUGUGCCGAAUGGCGUUGACAAGUUUCGACCAGAUUCCCGAACAGCUAGCUCCGUAUGCCUAUGUAGAAUUCACGAUGCCAGCUACACAGGCCUCUCAUACGACGGUGAGAUCGAUCAGUGUGCAGGAAUCUGAGAGUGAUGAACCACCGGAGAAAUACGUUCGAUAUCUAGCUAGACAUGAAUACAGGGUCGGAAUAGAGCACACUACGGGCGAAUCAGUGAAUGCGUACUUAGCAGCUACGGCAGUGACGAAACCGAUUCAGGAGGAACAACCGAUGGCAACAACGCCAAUUGCUCCGAGCGAUUCGGACUCGGAUUCAAAUUAAGGAGGAAAACGGUAAGUGUUGUCAUAAAGCAAUACUAAGUUCCACUGAUUAGAAGAAAGUAGUAGUAGGCGAUCCGUUUCCAUGGCAACUGGAAGCCAACGGUUAGUGUAAAGACAAAAUAAUGCUUUCAAAACAAAGAUGCAGCUUGAAUAUUAUAACAAAUGAAUGAUUAUGCUAUAUUUAAUCUAUGAAGGUGAACAAACCAAAUCUGUGAAAAAACGAAACAAAUAUAUACUUAGGUGUUAUUAAAUUAUAUUAGUUUGACAAUAAAGCGCAUUGAUUGAAGCGUGAUGAUUAAGCUUACGAGAAACAAGUGACGAUAAGUAUUACCACAAGUUGUAUCAUUAGUGAAGGAAGUUAGAUUUCAUUGGCGUCAUUUUGUUCAGUGUAUGCGUUUGUUUGUUGAAUUUUUCGAGAAGAGAGAAUAAGUAAUAUACCUUCUUGCUUAUGUAUAAUAAAUUCCCAUCAAAAGUCAAAAAUUGCAUACCAGUCAUUAGUUGAGUAGCGAUUCCUAAUCUUAUAGCAUAUGCAUUCAGAAUACCAAACCAAAUGAAGCAUAUAAUAUUUAUCAUAGAAUACAUAAUUGAUGAAAAUGAAAUCAAGUCUAUAGCGUAACAAUUUGAAAUAUUAUGUAUAAUAUUAUUAUCUUUGCGGUCAAACUAACGUUGAACAGUAAAUUCACACAAAAUCAAUAGAUCUAUAGCAAUUGCAAUAAUUGGUUGAAAAUAUUAGACAUCAAACGAAAUAACUAUAAAGUAUCCCAGAGUCGCCGUUGAUUCUGCUUUUUUGCGGUUCAAUCACCAACAUAUCAGUAGCGUGAAGCAAAUUAGUUCUCCUUAAUGUUUAUCCGAAACCUAUUUCAAUCAAAGUCGUUCGUUUCACGUCGAACGAAGCCAAACCGUUUUAUGUAUUGUUGAAAUCGGAAUCAAAGUAGGCCACGCAUACCUGUGUUGCCAACGAAACGGCGAAUCAAUCGGUAACUGUGAAUCCUCCGUUCAUUUUCUAGGUUUUAUCUGUUUUUGUUUUUUUUUUGUAAACCACAAAAGGGAAAGAUUAUAGUAGAUGGCGAAUAUAUUGAAAUAGUACUGUUAGCAUUUAUUGUACAUGUGUUACUUAGUACACCUAAAGAUUACUAAAAUCUAAAAACUGCAGUAUUGAUGAACGUGAGCAAAUGAACGCAUUGUUGAUUAAUUGAUGAAUACAAAAAAAACUGAAAAUACUCUACCAAAACAAGCGGAAGACCACGAUAUUCGAUUAAGUGUAUUACCGGUUAUGAAUUGAGAAGUUUAAUGCUAUAGAAACAGAAAAUAAAUGUGACAGGUAAUGAUGAGUUACGUGGUGAAACGGAUAUACAAACCAUGUCUCGAAAAUUAAUCGUUAUACAUCUAAUGACAAAUUUAACCACAAACUGAAAACUAAGAUAAAACUUACACUGAUUGAAUAACCAAAGCAACAACCAUCAAAAUGACAACAGCAAAACUAAUCGAGAAUGCAAGUGGAGAAAUAAAAAUAAUAAAACAAAUACUGUAACAAUAGGAUGCGUAGAUCCAUAAACUUGACUUGAAGCUAAUCCAAAGAAAUCUAAUGGAAAUACAUUAUUGAAAAUAUACCCUAUAUAUACAUAUUACUGAGGGAAACGAUAAUAAAAUGAAGAAGAUCAAGUGGAAA